AUGCAAGGAGAACACGCAAUCGCAUAUGCUUCACGUUCGCUCACAGAAACUGAGAAACGUUACGCUCAGAUUGAGAAAGAAAUGUUGUCCAUUGUAUUCAGUGCAACGAAGUUUCACCGAUAUAUAUAUGGCAAAGAAGUCAAGGUUUAUAAUGACCACAAACCACUAGAACAACUGUUUAAGAAAUCACUACUGUCCGCACCUAUGCGAAUUCGGAAAAUGAUGAUAAGGUUACAAUGGUAUGACAUUACAGUUAUAUACCGGAAAGGCAAAGAAAUGCAAGUGUCCGACACACUGUCCAGAGCAUUCCUUCAGACAGAAAAUCAGCAUUCUGAGUUUGAUAGGCAAGAAGACAUGAUAAACAUGCUGUCCGUCAGUAUUGACAAAUAUGCAGAAAUAAAAAGUCCAACUCAAACUGAGCUAUCAGCACUGCACAAAGUCAUAAUAGAUGGGUGGCCAGACACACGAAGUGAAACUCCGGUAGAAGUAAGACCCUACUGGGACUCUAGGGACCAGUUAUCUGUACUAGAUGGGAUAAUCUACAAAGGCCUAAGACUAGUAAUACCCCCGAGUCUUCGAGGGAACAUGCUGGAACUUAUUCACAAAUCACACCUUGGCAUGUCAAAAUGUAAACAACGCGCACGCGAAGUUAUGUAUUGGCCAUGUAUGAACAGUGACAUAGACUCAAUGGUCAUUAACUGCACACAGUGUAAUGAAUACCAAAAACAACAGCCAGCGGAACCACUAAAACCAACUCCAACCCCUGAUCUGCCAUAUAGUUUUGUUGGAUGUGAUUUAUUUGAUUUUGAGUCAAAGAAAUAUCUACUUGUUGUAGACUAUUAUUCAAAGUACAUUGACGUAGCUCCACUUCAAUUCGAAAAUGCCAAAGCAAUAAUCGAAGCAUUAAAACCAAUAUUUGCAUGUCAUGGUAUUCCAGUGAAGCUAAGAUCAGACAAUGGACCACAGUUUAGUUCUAAUGAGUUUAAGAAAUUCUGUGCGUCAAUAGGAAUUGAAUCUGAAACAGCUAGCUCGAAAAACUCCAGAAAAGAGCCGCUAGGAUUAUCUUGA